AUGAAGAACGUAAUUCAAGAGUACUUUUCCUUAACUAAGAAAGAAGUUAAACCACUUACCUGCAGAUAUAUAUUUUCGCUGGCUCUGGCAGAUUUGCUGGUUAUCAUCACAUGCGUUCCAUUCACCUCAAUAUUGUACACAGUGGAAUACUGGCCUUGGGGGGUAGUGGUAUGCAAAGUGUCUGAAACUGCCAAGGAUAUAAGCAUAGGUGUUUCAGUGUUCACUCUUACAGCUUUAUCAGCUGAAAGAUACUGUGCCAUAACAAAACCGAUGACAGUGUUCAGCGCUGUUAUGAUCUGGAUUCUUGCGGCUGGAUUCUCCCUUCCAGACGCUAUCGGAUCCAGACUGGACUAUACGGAGAUAGACAACAAUAAAACAUUGGUGUUUUGUUCACCGUUCCCGAACAUCACCAACAAAGAAACCUACGCCAAAUACAGCAUAGUUGCCAAAUCUCUGGUCUACUACAUCAUUCCUCUGGUGGUGAUCGCGUGUUUCUACGUUCUCAUGGCCAUACGGCUACACCAUAGCGCCAACGAAAUGCCCGGAGAAAUCCGGGGAACACAAAUGUUUUUCAUUUGUUUCCUCCCACACCACGUUUUUAUGUUGUGGUUUCACCUGAAUCCUGAGGCUCUGCAGGAGUACAACGAUUGGUGGCACGCUAUCAGGAUAAUUGGAUUUUGUCUAAGUUUCUUGAAUUCUUGCGUGAAUCCAGUGGCCCUGUACUGCGUGAGCGGGGUGUUCAGAUCCCACUUCAACCGGUACUUGUGCUGUCAACAAAAAAGAUGGCCGCGUAACAGCACCCUGUGCCACAACCAGAACUGCGAGACGAGCUUCAAUUCGACGUACAGAAGGCAUACGCAGAAUACAAUGAUUGAUUCGCAAAGCUUGCACAGGCACGGCACUUUUGCGCGAAAAAGCACCCAAGAAAGAAACCAAACUUUGAGUGACAUCAACGAAAAAUCUCACAAGAACUCGAUGAUCCUACGAGGCGACAUGGACAUCGAAAGAGCGCGGUAUUGCAGCUGA